GAAGUGUGUGAGUAGAGAGAGCUCAUCAUCAACGACUUUUUCCAAGGUCGAGGACGCCACCUUGGACCAGCCCACCUCUACAAAACCAUCGUCUGUUUUCUCACUUGCUCAGUCUCCCUUUCUGGUUGUUGCUCUCUCUUGCUCUGUUUCAGAUUCUGCGAUUUGGGUUUUGCGAUUCGUGUGAGAUCGCGAAAUGGGUAGCUUUGGGGCGAUGCUGAAACACCCAGAUGACAUAUACCCUCUUUUGAAGUUGAAAAUGGCGGCGAGGAAUCUGGAGAAGCAGAUCCCUCCGCAGCCUCAUUGGGCUUUCUGCUACACCAUGCUUCACAAAGUCUCUCGCAGCUUCGCUCUCGUUAUUCAGCAGCUCGGCCCUGAGCUCCGCAAUGCUGUUUGUAUUUUUUAUCUGGUUCUUCGAGCUCUAGACACUGUUGAGGAUGAUACAGCGGUAGAGACAGAUGUCAAACUUCCUAUCCUGAUUGCUUUCCAUCGUCACAUAUAUGAUCCCAAGUGGCAUUUUGCAUGUGGUACGAAGGAGUACAAAGUUCUCAUGGACGAGUUUCAUCAUGUUGCAACUGCUUUUCUGGAACUUGGGAAGGGUUAUCAGGAGGCAAUUGAGGAUAUUACCAAAAGAAUGGGGGCAGGGAUGGCCAAGUUUAUCUGCAAGGAGGUAGAAACAGUUGAGGACUAUGAUGAGUACUGCCACUAUGUGGCAGGACUUGUUGGUUUAGGUUUGUCCAAGCUUUUCCAUGCUGCUGAGUUGGAAGAUUUGGCUACAGAUGAACACUCAAAUUCAAUGGGCUUAUUUCUUCAGAAAACAAACAUUAUUCGAGAUUAUCUGGAGGAUAUUAAUGAAAUACCCAAGUCACGCAUGUUUUGGCCGCGCCAGAUCUGGAGUAAAUAUGUUAACAAACUCGAGGACUUGAAAUAUGAAGAAAACUCAGACAAGGCAGUGCAGUGUUUGAAUGACAUGGUCACUAAUUCUUUGCUACAUAUAGAAGACUGCUUGAAGUACAUGUCUGAUUUGAGAGAUCCUGCUAUAUUUAAGUUUUGCGCUAUCCCUCAGGUCAUGGCAAUUGGCACACUAGCACUAUGCUACAACAACAUUGAGGUCUUCAGAGGUGUGGUGAAAAUGAGGCGUGGUCUUACAGCAAAAAUCAUUGAUAAAACAAGAACGAUGGCUGACGUCUAUGCCGCUUUCUAUGAUUUUUCAUCCAUUAUAAAGUCCAAGGUUGACAAGAAGGAUCCCAAUGCAACAAAAACAUUGAGCAGGCUGGAAUCAGUGCAGAAAACAUGCAGGGAGUCUGGAGCACUAACCAACAGCAGGAAAUCAUAUAUAAUCAAGAGUGAGCAGAGUUUCAAUUCAGCUCUGAUUAUGGUGAUGAUUAUCAUAUUGGCCAUCAUUUACGCUUAUGUCUCUGCCAGCCCAAGAUUCUAAUUGUUUGCUUUCUCGAAGUCCCCAACACAAAUAGUUAGUUACAUAAAAAACAUGGUUCAUUCCAUGCGACUAAUGAUGUCUGUAAACAAUAAUGACAGUGCUGCUGCAGUUGUAUAUCCAAUAUAAAGUUGCUUGCAUUUAUUACUGUAGCUUUCAGCACCAUUUAGCAUAGUUAUUUAUUGUAAUAGAAGUGAGGUUUUGCUUUGUAUUUUUUUUCUUUUUCGAGUCAAGUAUUUGAUUGUGCAACAUGUCACGAAAUUAAACAGUUGCUUCCAUGUUGAAAUACAGCAAUGGUACAACAUCAGUAUAUCCAGCAUAGAGAUGCCGUGUUCAUAAUAUUCUUGUUGUGACCUGGGAAAGAUCAUCAAAAUCUGCUAUAUCAAAUUAUCAACUGAGUUUUAGAGAAUUGGCAUCAACUAAUAUCAGAUGUACUGUUGACAAGUGAGAUUUAAACCGAAGAUCUCUCGGGAUUUCUCAAGAAAUAAUUAGGCCACAGCUCACCAGAAGAAUAAUGCUCUAUAUUGGCACUGUAGAUGCCCCUGAAAGAAACCCACUUCAAACCACUUGGCCAGGAGGCUCAAGUGAUCCUUCUCUACCAUUAACAGCAUGUUUACCACUAUUUGUUUUUAAUUUGGACGACAUAAAAGAUAUUACAACACACUUCCCCUAAUACAGCCUAAUUGGAGUGAGUAAAAAAGAAGAGCUAGUAGCAGACCUGGGAAGGGACUGAAUGUACCAAAAAAUUCGAGCUAGUAACAAAAUGGCCUUCAUGCUUGAUAUUUGAUCUGUCUCCAAGACUUGACAAGAACCUUCUUAGCCAGGUGAUGAAUAU